UUUAUUUUUUACCUCAGUGCAGCGCAACAGCGACUGAAUGAAGUUCUGCACGCCGGCUGAUUCGCGUUGAAGUCCUGCGUCGGCAAUGCGUGGCGUUUAUUUAGCGCGUGUGGGUUUUCGUGACUCGGUGUUUUGGCUGAAUACUGACAUCUUGAAUUGUGCUCGUGGAGCAAAGUUCGUGGACGUGCGAGUUUGACGAAGCGCAGCAGCUGAGACUCGCGCACGGGCGCCUGGGAUUUAUUUAAACAUUUCGACAUGAUAAAACUUACUGUUGACUGAUUUAGCGCUUUCAAACGUCAAUGACUUAUCAAAGCAAAAUACCUGUGGAUUGCGUGGACUGGAAAGCAUGCAGUAGACGGGAUUCUGAUGGAGUUUAGGCACAUCUAAUGCACAUUCAAUACUUGCGCGCUUUGUUUAUCGGAUAGACCUGUUCUGACAAUGUCGGCGAUAUCUGCGUGUGAGAAAGUGGACGGGUUCACACGGAAAUCGGUGAGGAAGGCUCAGAGACAGAGAAUUUGUCAGGGCUCGUCUCAGUUUGCGGCGAACAGCUGCAGGCCCGCGCCUCCGGAAAUCUCCGCGCUCCCGCAGCUCAAAGAUGUGUCUUCCACAGAGCAACAGGAGCUGUUUGUGCAGAAACUACAGCAGUGCUGCGUAUUGUUCGACUUCCUGGACUCGGUCACCGACCUCAAGAGCAAAGAGACCAAGCGAGCCACUCUCACCGAACUCGUGGAGUAUGUGUCCACCAACAGAGGUGUGCUGGUGGAGCCCGUGUAUCCUGAGAUCACCAGUAUGGUUACCACAAAUUUAUUCAGGACACUUCCACCCAGUGAAAACCCAGACUUUGACCCAGAAGAAGAUGAACCGACCCUAGAGGUUUCCUGGCCGCACAUGCAGCUGGUGUACGAGUUUUUCCUUCGAUUCCUAGAAAAUCCAGACUUCCAACCAAGUAUUGCCAAACGUUACAUUGACCAGAAGUUUGUGUUACAGCUGUUAGAACUGUUUGACAGUGAAGAUCCUCGCGAGAGGGAGUUUUUAAAAACGGUUCUGCAUCGCAUCUAUGGGAAGUUUCUGGGUUUGCGUGCCUUUAUACGGAAACAGAUCAACAACAUUUUUCUGAAGUUCAUCUAUGAAACCGAGCACUUUAAUGGAGUUGCUGAACUUCUAGAGAUUCUGGGCAGCAUCAUCAAUGGCUUCGCUCUUCCACUGAAAGUCGAACACAAGCAGUUCCUGCUGAAGAUCCUCAUUCCUCUGCACACUGUCAAGGCACUAGCACUGUUCCAUGCACAGCUGGCGUACAGUGUGGUGCAGUUUUUAGAGAAGGACCCCCCGCUCACUGAGACGGUGAUUCGAGGGCUUCUUAAAAUUUGGCCCAAGACGUGUAGUCAGAAAGAGGUCAUGUUUCUAGGUGAAAUUGAGGAGAUCUUGGAUGUUAUUGAACCCACACAGUUCAAGAAGAUUCAGGAGCCUUUAUUUAAACAGAUCUCUAAAUGUAUAGCCAGCCCUCAUUUUCAGGUGGCAGAGCGUGCGCUAUACUUUUGGAACAACGAAUAUAUUUUGAGCCUGAUUGAGGAGAACAAUGCCAAAAUCCUUCCCAUCAUGUUUGGAAGCUUGUAUCGGAUCUCCAAGGAACACUGGAACCCGACGAUUGUGGCCCUGGUCUAUAAUGUUUUAAAAACAUUGAUGGAGAUGAACAGCAAACUAUUUGACGAACUAACAGCUUCAUACAAAUCUGACAGACAGCGAGAGAAGAAGAGAGAGCAGGAACGAGAGGAACUGUGGCGGAAACUGGAUGAACUGAGACUGCAGGAGACGGUUCAGAACAACAGACACGACGUCCAGUUUACCUACAGCAACAACAACAACAACAACAAGCUCUAUAAAGAUGAAAACCCUGCUGAAGUCAUCACAGACAGCAGUGAGAAGCUCACGUGUGCUGAAUGACACGACCGCAUCUGUUUCUCAUGACUACUGCUUUACAGACGUAAGCCGCCGUAGAGAAGCACAGCUGUGGACCUUAUGUGAGCAAUAAUCUUUCUAUUUUAACCAAGAGAAAGGGUUUUUUAAAGACUAAGUCGAAAUGCUAUUUUUCUUCCAGAAAACAGAUCAUAUAUUUUAUGUAUUUGGAUGUAAAGUGUGGUCCUAGUAUAUAACUACAGUAAGUAUACUAUAGUAUUCCUGCCUUCACACUGCAAAUGUAAUUUCCUGUGAUAUUCCUCGUAAGAUAUGACGUUUUGUUUUUAGCUCUAUAUUUUAUAAGCAUAGACCUUGCUAUUGUGCUGCAAAAAAGUGGAUCUGGUGAGCGGUGCAUCGCUAUCACCAUGUGAUUUGUGAGUUUUUGCACACAUACUUUUAAAGAAUGAUAUUAAAAAUUGCUUCAUCGUAUUACUUCGGGUCCACUGGCUGUACAUUCUACAGCAUGUGUUUAGAUUUAAACAGAUUACACUCAAUUUUAGGUAUAACUCAUCUCAGGGAAAAACACAACACUGCCCAACUACAAUAAAAAUGAUGACAAUAUUUUCCCAAAAAGAUUCCCAGUAUAGUAUUCCUAUAAUGUUUCAAGAUGUGUUUACCUAUAGAUUAUAAUAUAAUGUUUUAAAUAUGUCACUGACAUUCCAUUUAACAUUUAAGUUGUUGUUGUUGUUUUGCUUCAACCAAAAAGGUUCUGACGCAUUAUUACAUGUUCAUUUAUUUUGCUGAAAAAACUUUUGCUGUGAGAAUGUGAAAUAAUAUUUUUGUUGUAACGAGCUGCCCUGCAUUAAAAUGCCAACGUUUAUAUUUUC